AACCUCCAUGAGCUUUGCUUUUGUUUCAUUUGUUGUCUUUACCUGGAUGGAGUUAUGUGACCAAAAUUCAAAGUUGAGGGAGGUGGGCAGCAGCUCGCAGCCCCAGCUCGCAGACUGCCUGCUGCUGUGCUGACUGAAAAACCAUGACACACAAAGCCAGGAAAGUGUGGAUUCCAGAGGCCAAGGGCCUGUGCGCUGGGCUGUGGCUUUUUCUCUGGCCCGGGCAGAAAGGAACAGCUCAGUCAGCAGGAAAGAUAAUCCACCCCCACCCUCCCACAGCCACAGGACCUCAUGCGGCGUCAAACCAUUUGUGAGCAGUGACAGAGCCAGAUUGGGCCAAAAGGAUAUGAGUGGGAAACUUCAAAACCUGCUCAUAUUUCUAUGGACGUGAAAGGAUUUGUAUAACACAUUCAGAUUUGAUGGACUUUCCCAUGUUUGCCCCGGACAGCCGUUUUUUGUUAGCAUGUUCAAAUAAUGAAUCUCUUAUGCGUAGGGUCCCUUUUUCCCCUCUGCUACAAGCUCCUGUUUCCAGUUGUCAGGUAGGGAUGCUGUGCAAGUCUUCCCAUCGUCCGUCCCAAGCUUAUGGAGAACCGCUGACUUGCUGGCUUCCAGGAACCAGGGUGCUGAAAUGGAAAGUAUAUUUUUUAUUCUUUUAAUGUUUAUUAAGACCCUUUUUGCUGGAGCUCAGUUCAACGGAUACAACUGUGAUGCCAACUUUCACAGCCGAUUCCCCGCGGAGAGGGACAUCAGCGUGUACUGCGGGGUGCAGACCAUCACCCUCAAGGUCAACUUCUGCCCGGUUCUCUUCUCCGGCUACACGGACUCAGACCUGGCCCUCAACGGUCGCCACGGAGACGCACACUGUCGAGGAUUUAUUAACAACAACACCUUUCCCUCUGUGGUGAUUUUUAGCAUCAGUCUGGCAACGCUGGAGUCCUGUGGAAACUCUCUGGUGGUGUCCACUGCUCAAGGACCCAACGCUUACGGGAACCUGUCUCUUGUGCAGAUUGGAAACAUAUCGGGAUUCAUCGACACACCCGACCCUCCGAAUAUAAUCAGCUACCUGCCAAGUUUGCUUUACAAGUUUAGCUGCAGUUACCCUCUGGAAUAUCUGGUCAACAACACGCAGCUCGCCUCGUCGGCAGCUGCAAUCUCAGUAAAGGAAAGCAACGGUACUUUCAUCAGCACGCUGAACCUUCUGCUUUACAACGACUCGUCGUAUGUACAGCAGCUGUCUAUCCCAAUGGCAGGGCUGACUUUGAAGACAAGGGUGUUUGCAGCUGUGAAAGCCACAAAUUUAGACAGGAGAUGGAACGUUCUAAUGGACUACUGCUACACAACGCCUUCUGGAAACCCCAACGAUGAGCUCCGCUAUGACCUCUUUUUUAGCUGUGAAAAAGACCCCCAGACCACAGUCUUUGAGAAUGGGAAGAGUCAAAUGGGCCGGUUUGCCUUUGAAGUAUUUCGUUUCAUAAAGCACAAGAACCAAAGGAUGUCUACCGUCUUCCUGCACUGUGUUACCAAGCUGUGUCGGGCCGACGAUUGUCCCAUGCUCAUUCCAAUCUGUGGCAGCAGGAAAAGGAGGGAUUCAGGUGAUGGAAAAGAACCCACCCCUUCAUCUGGGAAUGCUGUUCUGACUGCAGGGCCCAUCAUCACACGGAGUGAAGAAACACCAACCAACAACUCUCACCUGGCAAACCUUAAAGCUCCAGCCUUCCAGAUAAACACUGUGACAAGCUUGCUCAUCUCAGGAGUAAUCAUUCUGGGCAUCUUAAGCGCUUGCUUCCUCAUCUUGUCCCUCACCCUCCUCAAAGGCAAGGACUCUCCAGCCAUCGGUGGUGUUGGUGUCCGCAACCCAACUUUUAACUGACAGGCCUGAGUCCCAGCCCCUGAGGCUGAAGAAGGAGCAAAGAACAGCACAGACUUGACCCACGUGUGAAAGUAGUCAGUGUAAUGAUGGAUACAAGUGUCCGUUUAGAAAACUGUAAAAUGAGGAUUAGUGUAGAGGUACAGCAGGACUUUUUAUAUACUGUUUUGUUCUUUUUUAUGUGGCAAAAACAGUCGCGUGAUGAAAAACGUUUAACCACAUGGCAGAAACAUUAAAAGGAUUUCCCUAAAGGAGACGUAAAACAGUGGGAGUCAUUAAAUAAUUUGUCUUAUGACUUAAUUAUUCAUUUAUGUCCAAAACAUGUUACUAAAAUUAGUCUAAGAUUGCACUCUUUAAGUGUAAAUACAUAUUUGUAGGACUCAAAGACCCCAUUGUAGUUUAAAAUAAAUGCUUUGAUUAAGUGAGUUAUUAAAAAGGCUCAGGUGUUGAUGUUUUUUGACAUAAAAAUGUUACAUUUUUGGAAUAAGUUGUUCUAAUAUUAAUAUAUGUUAGAUUAAAUGUUGUUUGCAUAAUCAAAUGAUAGGGUUAUUAUUAAAGAUAUGUGCUCAUUUGCUGUUUUUUUUUCCAUUGUGUGGCAGUAGUAUUAGUUUUUCUAUACAUGUAUCUCUAGUAAUUGUACAUUUUUUUUUUAUCAAACAGCAAAAUACAUUAAAUGUACAGACUGUGGACAUGUUGCAAAGUUGCACUUUCACUCACAAUUAAAACAUACCCAAUAUCCAAUAAUAAAUGUACUGUGUAUAUCCUACAAAAACUUAAUUUGACAUAUUUGUUGGGAAAAUAACAAAAACUAAAUGAAUGCGUAAAAGUUGCUAACAUCAUUGUUUGAUUUGUCAGAGUUAACAGAUUGCAAUGGCUCCAUCUAGUGGACAAACUCUAAAACUAAUCUCUUUUUAAAAUACAUUAAGGCGAACACUAAUUCACGGUGACUCCUGUGGUCUGAAUUUUAAGGCAAACUAGAAUUAAUUUUGUUUUAUAGUUACAUGAUUAAUCAUUAAAAAGGCUUAGAAGUUGAAAAAUUCCAAUUAUUGUUGAAAGGGAUCUUUUAAAGGUAAUGAUUCACUGAUCCUUACUGCUGCAGACUUGAAAAAUUAACUGACUUAAGACAUUCUACAUUUCAUUUCUAUGUAAAAGCUUCAGUAAAACAGUUAGGGGUUUCUAUCUGGUUUCCUGACACAAAGCCAGGCUUUUUAAAAUCAUUUUGUUUUGUUGUUUUAAUUGAUAGCUGUUUAUAUUCAAAUCUUUAUUUAAAACACACCUCUGACAAAUUUGCAUGUUUUGCAAGAAUAAGAGGCUCCUCGUUUAUUUUUAUAGAUAGAUUUUAAGGUACAAAUUCAUCCCUUUGAUCCAUGACAAUCCAUGAGGAGUCCAGUUUUUUAUUUUUAAAUAAAGCGAUUACUUCAUAAAA